AUGGUGGAUCAACGUCCUCGCGCUGGAAGCAGGAGCUUCACAGCUCCCAGCUUGAUCGGCACGAACGGACACUUUGCGUCUGUGGGGGAUGCGGCGCACGAUCCCAAGGCUUAUGAACAUGGAGUGCAAGUAAUUGACGAGGAAAAGGAAUUCAAUCCCAAUCUAUCCAAGUACCUCUCGCUCGAAGAUGUCACCAAUGCCGGCUUCAACUACCACCUCAUCUCCGUAUUCGGAUCGCAAUCAACCGGAAAAUCCACACUCUUGAACCAUCUUUUCGGCACUCAAUUCUCGGUCAUGUCCGAUAAAGAGCGAAGGCAAACAACAAAAGGUAUAUGGAUGUCAAAGAACAAGACGAAACAUGAGGACCCCAAUGCGCGUAUGGCAGAUAAUAUCCUAGUCAUGGAUGUCGAGGGUACAGAUGGUCGCGAACGCGGUGAAGAUCAAGACUUUGAGCGCAAAAGCGCUCUGUUUGCACUGGCGACAAGCGAGGUGUUAAUUGUCAAUAUCUGGGAACAUCAGGUCGGGUUGUACCAGGGUGCGAAUAUGGGGUUGUUGAAAACGGUGUUUGAAGUGAAUCUGCAACUGUUCCUCAAGGAUAAGAACACAACUCAUCGCUCCCUUCUCUUCUUUGUCAUUCGUGAUUUCAUGGGCAAUACGCCGUUGAAGAACUUGGAAACUACUCUUCUCGAGGAUUUGUCGAGGAUAUGGGCAUCGCUAUCCAAACCCCAAGGCCUAGAACGCUCAACCAUCCAUGAUUAUUUCGACUUUGCGUUUUAUGGACUGCCGCAUAAAGGCUACAAGCCGGAUGAGUUCGCAGCAGAGGCCAAGAAGCUUGGGUCACGGUUCCGUGAAGGUCGACGAGACCGAAAAGAGCAACUUAUGGGUGCAUCUAUUGAGAAUGGCGUAUUCUUACCCGAGUAUCACCGGAGAAUCCCUGCCGACGGGUUUGCGCAUUAUGCGAAUGGUAUCUGGGAUCAGAUAGUCAACAAUAAGGAUUUGGACUUGCCUACACAACAAGAGCUACUCGCGCAAUUCCGAUGCGAUGAAAUUUCGAGAGAGGUUAUUGCCGCCUUUGAUGAGGCCAUUGCUCCAUUCGAGGAGAAGCAGGCUGCAGGAGUGCGCGCUGGUGAACUCGUUAUCCUUGGAGGAUUGGGUGCAGCUAUGCGAGGUGCGCGAGUGAAGGCUGUCAAGAAUUUUGAAACGGAGGCCAGUCGUUAUCACAAGGGUGUAUAUCAACGAAAACGCGCCGAAUUGGAGGGCAAGAUUGAUACGAGACUGAAAGCCCUUUUCCAAGGUCAGUUGAAUGCAGCACACAAAUCCGGUGUUAAGGACUUUAGUGAUGCUGUUUCCAAUGCUGUCAAGGCUGGCCAGAAAAAGGGUGCGAGCUACGACUUUGCGGAGAUCGUCAAGCAGGAAACCAAAGCUGCCCUUGAGCGAUAUGAGAAGGAAGCUCGCGCGUCCUUGGUGGAAGGUACCUCGUGGAGCAAUUAUAAACAAGAGCUUAAGCUGUAUCAAAAGGAUCUCGCGGAAGUCAGCGGGCAAUUACGCCGUGACGAAAUGCGACGACUUGCAACAAGAGUGGAAAGAUGGGUGCGAUCUCGCCUGUCUGACUCUGUUAGUCUCGAGUUCAACUCUCUCGGUUCUGGACGUGGUGGUUCUGGAGCGCCAGAGACUGGCGAGAAGCCAUCAGAAAGUAAAAUCUGGGACCGUAUUUGGAAUUUGUUUGUGGAGACUGUUUUAGAUGCGGAACGACGAUUUACGGACCGUGCUACUAGUUUUGAUGCUAGUGUUGAUGAAGUGGAUGUUGGUCUUUGGCGGCUCCGGAGAAAAUCUUGGGGUGUUUUGCGUCUCAAGGUUGAAGAAGAGAUGAUGGAGGGCAAUUUGCUGUUGAAGCUACGUGAGAAUUUUGAGGAUAAAUUCCGAUACGACGAAGCAGGUGUACCACGUAUAUGGCGUCCUACCGAUGACAUUGAAGGAAUUUAUACUCGUGCCCGCGAGUCUACUCUGACGCUUAUACCCCUCUUGUCCAAGUUCCACCUAGCGGAGAACAACGCUCCUCCUCCUCUUGAUCGAUGGGUUGGACACACCCCCAGCUCAGCGACUGCUGCUGACGAGGAAGACCUUACACCAAUUGGCGGCGUUGAUGAAGAAGAUGGCAAAUCUCUAGAAGAAGAAGUGACCAUCCUCAAUGAUGCUAAGCGCCAAGAUCUCACUGUGCGUUUCAAAAAGGCCGCCGACGGUGUCUACGUCGAAGCCAAGCGCAGUGCCAUCGGUGGUAUUACACAAGUACCACUGUACUUUUAUGGAUUGCUUCUUGCGCUGGGUUGGAAUGAGAUCUGGGCUGUUCUGCGCAACCCGGCUUACUUCUUCCUCCUAUUCGUCUGUGCAAUCGGCGCAUAUGUAACCUACCAACUUAACCUCUGGGGCCCCAUACUGAAAAUGGCCGAUGCAGCGUCCAGGCAGGCUCUCGAAGAAUUAAAGAAAAAACUACGGGAGUUCCUUGAAGCAUCCGAUACCGGACGGCAGGCCAUGGCUAUGUCUUCAGGAGAAGAGUACGAAAUGAGCUCAUUGAACCGAGGCGGAAAGAGAGUCGAGGAUGAAGAUGAGAAUGAUGAUAUAUAG